CGGGCGCAGUUUGCCGCUCUGAAAUAGAACGCAACAUUCGACGUGCGAAUGCGACACAUGCCAGUAUGCGAUUUCUCAAACUUUUUGAUCCCAGGCCAGCCAUUAAUGGACAAUUCAAAGAAAAGAGUUUGAAGAAAGCAAGAGGUGUCAUGGCUGAGUCACUACCGGUAAGGAGGAAGCGCUGGAGAGGGUACAGGAGAGGAAGCGGCGACAACCAAGGAAAAGAAGAAGAACCAGCAAAGGAGGGAGAUAAGCCACAACAGGAAGCACCACGACACACACACAUUGAGUAUUUGGUGUGUCAAGGAGAGAGCGACUGCGUGAACGGCGAAGGAAGGAAGGGAGGGAGUGUGACGCGAGGCUGGGAGAGCCGCCCUCCUCCUCCUCCUCCUCUUCCUCCUCCUCCUGCCCGGCGCUCUCUGUGGAGCAGGCGUGUACGGCAACGCACUUGGCGUGAAGGAACCAUGAGCGAUGUCACCAUCGUCAGAGAGGGAUGGCUUCAGAAACGGGGUGAAUACAUAAAGAACUGGCGGCCACGUUACUUCCUUCUCAGGACGGACGGCUCAUUCAUUGGCUACAAGGAGAAACCUCAGGACACCGACCUGCCCUACCCUCUAAACAACUUCUCCGUAGCAAAAUGCCAGCUAAUGAAGACAGAGAGGCCAAAACCCAACACCUUCAUCAUCCGCUGCCUCCAGUGGACCACUGUCAUCGAGAGAACAUUCCACGUGGACUCCCCCGAUGAGAGAGAUGAGUGGACGGAGGCCAUCCAGAUGGUGGCGGACAAGCUGCAGAAGCAAGAGGAGGAGCGCAUCCAAUGUAGCCCCACCUCCAACAUCGACAACAUGGUGGAGGAGGAGAUGGACAUCUCCACCACACACCACAAACGAAAGGUAGCGCAAACAAUGAGCGACUUCGACUACCUGAAGCUGCUCGGAAAGGGAACGUUUGGGAAAGUGAUUCUAGUGCGGGAGAAGGCCAGCGGGAAAUACUAUGCCAUGAAGAUUCUUAAAAAGGAAGUUAUCAUUGCCAAGGAUGAAGUGGCGCACACGCUCACCGAGAGUCGCGUCCUGAAAAACACCAGACACCCCUUUCUCACCUCAUUGAAGUAUUCGUUCCAGACAAAAGACCGCCUUUGUUUUGUCAUGGAGUAUGUGAAUGGUGGAGAGCUGUUUUUCCACUUGUCGAGAGAGCGGGUGUUCUCCGAGGAGCGCACGCGUUUCUACGGCGCCGAGAUCGUCUCGGCCCUCGACUACCUGCACUCGGCAAAGAUCGUUUACCGCGACCUCAAGCUGGAGAACCUGAUGCUGGAUAAAGAUGGCCACAUCAAGAUAACUGACUUUGGCCUUUGUAAGGAAGGCAUCACGGACGCCGCAACCAUGAAGACCUUCUGUGGCACGCCAGAGUACCUCGCACCCGAGGUACUGGAGGACAAUGACUACGGCCGGGCAGUGGAUUGGUGGGGUCUGGGCGUGGUGACGUACGAGAUGAUGUGCGGCCGUCUACCCUUCUACAACCAGGACCACGAGAAGCUUUUCGAGCUCAUCCUGAUGGAGGACAUCAAGUUCCCGCGCACUCUUUCGGCAGACGCCAAGUCACUGCUGUCGGGCCUCCUCAUCAAAGACCCCAACAAACGGCUCGGCGGAGGACCGGAUGACGCCAAAGAAAUCAUGAGGCACAGUUUCUUCACUGGCGUCGACUGGCAGCACGUGUACGACAAAAAGAUGGUUCCGCCGUUCAAGCCUCAGGUGACGUCUGAGACGGACACCAGGUACUUUGACGAGGAGUUCACUGCACAGACCAUCACGGUGACGCCGCCCGAGAAAUUCGAUGAAGACGGCAUGGACUGUCUGGACAACGAGCGCCGACCGCACUUCCCGCAGUUCUCCUACUCGGCCAGCGGACGGGAAUGAACUCUGACCCCUCCCCCUGCGGUGACAUCAUCACAGCUGGUCUAUGAGGUCAUCAGUACAGGAGGCGACCCGCCCCUUACCCCAAAAGAAAGCCCACCACGUUUGGACCUGGAAGAAUCCCAUUGAGGAAGGAUUUUGCCAUCUUUUUUCCCGCCAUUUUGUUUCCCAAACGAGCGAAGGUACGACAGCGCUUAGCCGCUAAUGUGACGCCCACCCCGACCGCUGCGCUUGGAUCGGUUCCCUCUUCGCCGGCCGUUGACGCGCGCACGCGUGGCUCGGUUGUAAUCUCAGGCUUAUCUUGCACAUCAUUCUGGGAUCGACUGAGCGGGUCCGGUAGGCAGGUGUUGACUCAGGUGCAAUUUCCCACUCGUUGUUGCUGCUAUUCCAACAUCCGCCUGGAGGUCGCGACCUUCUUCAACUGGACUUCCAUCGCUUGCAGGGCUUAAAAUCAAAUGAUUUGGUUUUUUCGCCAUUUUAAAGUCUAAGGAUUCUCUUCGUCCCCCCAUAAAAAAAUAUGUCCAGAGCACUAAACUUGCUGCUAAUGUGGAAAGCUACGACUCGUCCACGUCAUUUUAGGGUAGUGACGAGGGUCCCGAUCCAAGCACAGCCAUUCACAGCCACGCCCCUUCCCCCUUAUAGCUUUACUACCCACCAUGCAACGCUCGCUCGUCAACGUAAGACUGGACGGAGGAAACAGAAUGCCGCCUCGGAUGUAUUUAUGAUGAUCUUUCCUUGGUGGAGGUACUUCUGGCUUAUUUAUGAUCCCACUCAUCACCAUCCCUUUUUUCUAUUUGACUUUUUUCUAUCGACACGCGAUUUUACCCAAGUGUUAGGGCUGAGAAAACAAAAUGGCUGAAGAAUGUAGGAGGGGGAAACGCUUACGUGGCUUUUACCUCCGCCAAGCAUUAUUUUAUCUAUUUAUUAGUGUGUGUGUGUGUUCGUUUUUUGUGCGCAGACCUCCACCAAUGCCUUAUUUUGUUGAUUGGGACACUUUACCUGCCAUGGACUGUGAUAGACGUCCGAUCCAUUUUGACUCGGAGAGAUUGGCAGUGUUAGCCCUCCCAGUGAAAAUGGCAGCCAAUGAGAUAACAGUAACAAUGAUUCAGUACAGUAUUGUACAGUACAGUAAAGUACAGGAAUGCUUCAAACAAAGCAUCCCACAUAUGUCAUUGAUCAUUUUUGUGACAAAAAGCCAUUCAUUUCCUAUGGCCCAUCCAAUUCUGAUUAUGACUGAAUAACACCCACAAGAAUUCUCCAUCCGCUUAAACUGACUUUCAAUCUGGACCAAUUAAAAUUCUACAUUGGUGGACCCACCCAAAAAAAAAAAAAAAAAGUAGUUAUUAGUGAGCAUUGAAAAUGCUCCAAAAUCAACAGAAAGUAACUAUAAAUCAAUAGGAAAUGACCUGAAAUCCAGUUUAUUUUUUUUUAGGCAUUAUAUACUGUAAAUAUCUACAGUGGUCAACAAUAAAUAAAAAAAUAAAUGUUGCAAAGAUGCAAGUUAUGUAAUUUUAACAUGCUGAAUCCAAAUCUUAGUUUUUUCCCCCCUUUUUUUGCAAGUCAGGAUUUUAAUUUAUUGGAAUAUAGUUGACACUUUAAGAUAGCCUGAAAGUAACAAUAUGUGGUAAAAUAAUACCAGUUAUCCCAGGUUUUAAACUAUUUAAAGUAUUAUAUAAAAUAGGAUUAAAUAAAGGUUAUUUUACCUGAUAUUGUACAGUGUUUUUUUUUAGCAUUCCAAAGAUUCCUCUGGAAAUUUCUUAAGCACUUUUACACAAGAAUCAGUGUGAAAUAUUUGUAGAUUUUUUGUAAAUAAUCAUCCUCACAAUGAACAUGAAUUAACAAUUAAGAAUUAUUAAACUAUUCUUUAGGUUUGUAUGCUUGUCUGAACUUGCCUUGGUGAAGGUCUGUGAUUUUCCAAGCUUGUGUGUUUUAUGUUUGUUGUGAUCAAAAUGUGACGAGCGCAGAUGACUGGACGCGUUUUUGUGAUGAAAAGUGAAAAAAAAAAAUGUGUGUGAGCGCACGUGUGUAGUUGGGCAUGAGCUCAAGAUGGAAAGGAGAAGUGCAAGUAGUAAAGAAGGGGACGUUGCAAGACAAGUGGAAGGAAAGUUAGCAUUGAAGAAGGUACGAGUAAGAAUGACGUGUCAGUUGGCAGCACGCUAUUAAAGUUGUUUGAAUCUGGCAUACAUUCCCCUCAAAUGCACGUUAAGGGUCAUUGAAGACUUCAAAUUUUCUAAAUGCGAGUGUGAAUGCUUGUUUGUCUCUUUGUGAUUGACUGGCGACCAGUCCAAAAUCUAUAAAAGGCAGCGUAGGAGGUGUUGGCGUUCUGUCUUUAGCGUUCCGUGUACCUUGGCGUUUGUCAAGUCAGUCUGCGUGGAGCGGUCGCGUCUUCCAACGUUCCUUCCGUCUUUGUCUUCACACGCCGGAAAAGCCUUACGGUUUCACUCCAAAAACAGCCAGAUUUAGUUCAAAUAACAAACGAGAUGCAUUUAACAUACCAUGCAGUUGAAAAUGACAAAAUGUACAGUAUGUCAUGCUAUUUAUUAUCAUUUGAAUGUCAUGGUGUUAUCACUUGAAUUUGUUUUCAAAUUAAUUUAUUCAAUGUCAUUUUGUUUGUGUUCAUUCUGCAGCCAGACCUCCUUUGAAGAAAAAAAAUAAUAAAUGACUCCCUUUUA